AUGCGGGACCUGCGGAAGAAGGAGAAAUUGGAAGAGGCGGCAGGACCGGCGCUGGGAAAGACGUUGAGCAUCCAACGCCUGGACGUCUGCAGCGAUAGUUCGGUGGCGGAGUGCAUGGAGAGCAUCCCUGGGGGACGGGUGGACGUGCUGGUGAAUAACGCCGGCGUGGGGCACGUGGGUCCGGUGGAGAGUAUCAGCAUGGAGGAGAUGAAGCGCAUCUUCGAGACCAACUUCUUCGGGGCUGUGAGGAUGAUCAAGGCCGUCCUCCCCGACAUGAAGCGGCGGCAGAGCGGUCACAUCGUGGUCAUCAGCAGCGUUAUGGGGCUGCAGGUAAACGCACUGACGCGUCUGCGCUGGGGGGAAAAGCUUUUUCGUCUGCCUGGCGGCCCAACACUGACGUUCAAGGUGAUGCAGUACUCGCUGAUCAAGGACGUGGUCUCGUCCCUCAAGCGGCACCGCAUGCACGAGCAGCAGUUCACCCACCACCCGCUGCUGGUCCUCAGCAAUUUCGGUCUCCAGCAGAUCCAGGUCAAGCUAAUGGCCAGCAUGUUCCAGAACAUGUUCCCUUCCAUCAACGUCCACAGGGUCAACCUCAACAGCAUCAAGAGGUGUUUGCUCAUCAGCUACAACACGGAGACGCAACUCCUCGAUUUCAGGCAUUAUAGUGUGAAGGUUGUGCCCGUGGGCAUGAACAAAGCCGUGAAGAAGCUGCUGCAGGAGAAGUUCCCCAACAUGAGCCGCCUGGAAGACAUCAGUGAGCUGCUGGUGAAGGACAUAAACCUGUCAGAGAGUGAGGCUGAGCAGGACGGGACCCACAAUGUCCUGGAGCUGCCACAGACAUACGCCGGCCGAGGCAACAUGAAAGCACAGCAGAGCGCCGUGCGCCUCACCGAGAUCGGACCCCGCAUGACCCUGCAGCUCAUCAAGGUGGAGGAGGGCCUGGCGCAGGGCAACGUGCUCUACCACAGCUUCAUCCACAAGAUGGAGGCGGAGGUGAAGGAGAUCCUGGCGCGGAAGGAGGCGAAGUUGCAGCUGAAAGCAGAGCGGCGGCAGAAGCAGGAGGCGGAUGUGGAGCGCAAGCGGCGGCAGCGUGAGGCUCACAGGGAGAAGAGCCUGGCAGGGAUCCGGAGGAAACGGCAACAGGACGGUGAUAGCGAUGCCGAGGAUCCCGGUGCGCCAGAGCAGCAGGAUGCGGCCGAGCAGUCAGAGGAGAGCGAUGCUGAGUAUUACCGGCAGGAGCUGGGCGAGGAGCCGGACAAAGAUCUGUUUCCUGACCGCAACAAGAGGAAGCGAAGCUCCUCGGGCGCUGCCCCGCUACGAAAGCGCCGACGCCACCGAAAAAAAAAAAAAAGGGGGUGGCGGAACACGACAUCGGGAGGAACCCCCGAGAUGGCCACGCACCUCGGUCACUGCAAGAACUUCAGCAACUUCCAGGAGUCUCUGUGGCCCGUGCUGGUGGCACAAUUCCCUCCGGCGCUGGUGGGUAACGGCAUGGCCGUCUACCGUUUCGUCACGCACGAGCACCCCUGGCACAGCGGCAUCGUCUACUCCUUCCACCUGGCCGUCAGCGGCAUGCUCUACUCCCUCUCACUGCCUUUUUUGGCGGCGUACUACUACCCGCCCAAGGACUGGCGCUACGGACCGGUGCUGUGCAAGCUGGAACGUUUCCUUUUCAACUGCAACCUCUACGGCGGCAUCUUCUUCGUCACCUGCAUCAGCCUCAACCGCUACCUCGGCAUCGUUUACCCGCUGCGGGUCCACGGGCGGCUGCAGCCACACCAUGCCAAAGCGCUGAGCGCUGUCGUUUGGGUGCUGGCUGGGGCACUCUCAGCACCCACCCUUUUUUUUGCGGAGCUGCAAAAAGCGGAGAAUGCCACCGAGUGUUGGGGGAGCGCAGCGCCACAGCGGUUGCGGGAGUUUUAUCCCUACAGCCUGCUGCUGGCCGGGCUGGGCUGCGGGCUGCCCUUCCUCCUCACCGCCUCCUGCUACGCCGCCAUUAUCCGCACCGUUUUCCGUAAUCCUCACCUCAGCCAGGCAGAAAAGCGGAAGGUGGGAAUGCUGGUGGGGGCAGGAGUGGCUCUUUAUGCUUUUUCCUACCUGCCCUAUCAUAUUUUCCGUAACCUCAACCUGUGGCGUCGCCUGCUGCCACGGGAUACAGAGAACUGCACCGUCUCCAAAGCCAUCCACACCACCGCUCAGGUCUGCAAGAUCCUCGUUAACCUCAACAUCUGCCUGCACCCGCUGCUCUACGCCGCCCUGGCUGACAGCAUGCAGAGCUGCUGCCGCGCCGGCUGCAGUACCGGCACUGCUGUCGAGGAGCGGGCUGAGCACGUGGAGCUGCGGCCGGUAGCCUAG